AUGUGCAAAUACUACGCCCACGCCUUUAGCUGCAAGCACAUGUCCUUUACCUUUGCCCGGUUCUGCAACCCAGCCUCGUUUACUCAGACCCCUUGCGACAAGCGCACCAUUUGGCACACCAUUGGCCUCGAGGAGGCCUGCGAUGAGUGCCAGAUCUGGUGUCCCGACAAGUGCCCGCCGCCGCCGCCCGUCGUCAAGGUCCGCCGCGGCGGCGGCGGCGGCGUCAAGAUGAGGAGAUCGUGA